GGAGUAACAGUCGGGAAGCGGGGCAGCGCUCGAGUCGCCCGGGGGCCGCAGCGAGUCUCUCCCCAGCCGAAGAAGCGGAUCCCGGAGGGCCCUGAAGGGGGAGAUGGAAGCGCAGGCGGAGGAAGGUCUGUUGGAAAAGCAAGUAUUACAUGAAGUAGAUGAAGACAUGGUCACUGAUGUUGAUUUUACCAACAUGAUUUCUGAAGAAGAGCAAGAAGAAUUAAAAGCUGAACUUGUCAAGCUUGAAGAUGAAAUUGCAACUUUGCGACAAGUGUUGGCAGCAAAAGAGAAGCAUCUUGUGGAAAUAAAACAAAAGCUUGGCAUUAAUCUGAUGAAUGAACUGAAACAGAACUUCAGCAAGGGCUGGCAUGAUGUGCAAACUACAACUGCAUACAAGAAGACACAAGAGACUCUGAGUCAAGCAGGUCAAAAGGCAACAGCAGCUUUCAGCAACGUCGGAACAGUCAUCAGCAAGAAGUUUGGAGAUAUGAGGUCACAUUCACUUGGUUACUCUAUUCGCCAUUCCAUAAGUAUGCCUGCUAUGAGGAAUUCUCCUACAUUCAAAUCCUUUGAAGAAAAGGUUGAGACCACUGUCACAAGCCUUAAGACAAAAGUUGGAGGUGCGAGCCAUACUGGAGGAAGUUUUGAGGAGGUUCUCAAUUCUGCUGCCCAUGCCAGUGCUCAGAGUUCCACUGUGAGCACUCGACUCCCAGAAACAGAAGAAGAGCUUCAAUGCUAGACUGCAGGGAUGCUAAUUAUUCUCUCCAUCCCAUGUUUCGGGUCCAAUUCAUACGUGGAGCCCUGUUUAUUUUUGCUUCAGGAUUGAGUAUGACUGUAUGCUGAAACAUUAGCGUAAAGCAGGCAGUACCCAGAGUGAACCACAGUGAUUCUUGUGAUAUGCCAGAAAUGAUCGCUAUUUGUUGCCAUAUACUAUCCAGUUAACUCUAAGUACUUUUUUAUGUGGCCACUUGCCUACAUACAUGAUUGCAUGGGGUGGGGGGAGUGAGUCCUAUUCUGGGGGAACAAGCUUGGAGUCUCAACUUCAUAAAUGCUUUUACACAUCCAGCUUCUAUAAGAAAGUUGCGUCACUUUUGAAAAUGGCUUCUACCAAUGUUGUACUCUUAGAGAUUUGUCUAUAUGUGUAUAUAUGUUAUAUACUGAACUUUUGAACAUUCUGUUCAAAUAAUAUAUUGCUUAAAUAUUCACUUUUCAAA